CAGGUCGCUACCAAGACCACAGACGGAACCCAACCGCCCUGAAGAUAAGUACUAACUUGUACCGUGUGGAACAAUCGUAUUGGUGAACCUCAGAGGAAGUACAGCAACUACAUCCUUUUACACUAGUCUGAAGACGGUGCACGGCCAGUGCUCACUUUCCUGUGCUCUUGGUGAAAACUGAGGACUUCAACAGUCAAAUUUUGUCGACACCAACACCAAACAUGUGUGAGGUCAACAGGAGUGGGAGUGUCCAGAGCAUGAAGACGGCGGAGCUGCCGAGGGUGGAGGUGGAGCGGCAGUACUCUGACGUGAGACUCCUGGCGGAGAGCAGCGGCGUCCAGGUCUUCAGCGCCAGACCACUCCAGCCUGGGGCUUCCUGCGUCGCUCUCAAGUGUCUUCAUAAGGACACCACCAAGAAGAAAGACUUCCUCAGGGAGUUCAACUAUAACCUCCUUCUAAAUUCCCACCAUAAUAUCGUCAAAUGUUUUGAUGAACCUUUCGAGACCGGCACUUCGUAUGCCUUCACGCAAGAAUUGGCGCCUCUCAACAAUCUGUCCAAGUACGUGAGGCGCGGCGGCCUGGGAGAAACACGAGCAAAACGUGUGGGAGAGCAAGUUGCCCAAGCUCUGGAGUUCAUGCACCAGAGAGACUUGGUUCAUCGCGAUGUUUGUUUAGAAAACAUCUUGGUGUUCGACCGAGAGCUCUCCCGCGUCAAGCUUGGAGACUUCGGCAGCACACAGGAGGUGGGAGCCCUGGUGAAGAAGCUGAAGGUUCGGUCCCCUUGGGCGCCGCCAGAAGUUAGUGUGGCCGUGUACAACGAGGGUUACCACGUCCACAGCGGUCAGGACGCCUGGCAGCUUGGCAUCCUCAUCUUCCUGUGCCUGACGGGGUCACAUCCGUGGUCAUCGGCCGACAUCACUGACCGUCACUACAACUCGUGGGUGGCCUGGCUCAAGCGUAAGACCACCAAGGUGCCGCUACGCUUCACCUGCUUCACUCCUCGUCUUCUUCGCCUCCUGCGACGCCUGCUGGAGCCCAAACCUGAGAAACGCACAGGAGUGAGGGAGGUGUUCAAGUACCUCUCUGAUCACUGGCUCGUCGAUGACUUGGAAUCAUCCAGCAUCAAGAAAGACGGAAAAUUAUCAAAACUUUUGUCAAACAGUACAAAAUCUCUAUUCACUCGAAUGGAAAUUAAGCUGAUUGAACUUCUACGUUCUCAUCUACACGACGAAGACGUUCAGCCACGACCGGUUGGCAAGAAACGUGUCCGGUUUUCCUUUGAUGCAGAAUCUGUAACUGAAGCAGCUGUGACUGACGCACGAAAGGCGUCUGACGCAGGUUAUGUGUCCGACGCAGAUGAUGUUUCUGACACAGACGCCGCUGGGGAUGUGACCCCAGCGUGAAGGUCAGUUCCCCACGACUUGGGAUGAUGACCUUCCACCAUGACCCGGGACCGGGAUAGAGAGCCCUGGUCAAUACACGCCGCGGCAGGGCGCUUGUGGGCAUCUCUCUCUCAAGGAUGGUAUGACACCGCCUGAUCAAAUAACCUCGGAAGGAAAAAGUCUCCGCCGUGUGUGUGUGUGUGUCCUCUCUACUGUGUUUAGGGGGCACUAUUUAUAAUGCAUUAUUUACCAACGAUGCAAAUGGCUGUGCCAACAUGUCAUUUAAGAUUAUUAUUAUGAUCUGUUUACAUAAUAAUGUACAGCCAAGUCUCAAGGUGUUGAUGUGAGUGAUUGUUUAGUAUGUUCAUCUCUUGGUUACCAGCUGAACACCCGAUGUUAUUCUUAUAUGUUUAUUGAUUAAAUUACUUAAGAAAA